CGCGACCGCGACCGCGACCGGGUCGGAUCUCUCCAUUUAGGCACGCGCCGAUGUGGCGCGUGGUAUUCUUUAACCCCUAACAGCAAUCUUUGUAUAUCGGUGGCCGCCGCCUGCAGUAGUCAUCUUUUUUGGUGGUGGAGCCGUGAAGCAUACAUGGUCAUGGUAUCUCAUGCUUUGUGUGGUUUGUCGGGUUCAAGGUUUCUGACCCAGCAGCUGACUUCGUUCAAUUGCCGGAAUCUUAAUCGCCGUUGUUACCUCGAUCGCAAGUUAUUUGAUUCGCGGAUUCGGAGUCAUGAUUUUCGCAUGCGGCGGGGAGUACUUCGCGUUUACGCAAUGGAUGAUGAUUCGGCAGGCUUUUCGUCAUUUGAUGACUGGGGGCACAGCAAUGAGCCAGUUGAUUAUGUAUUUUCGUCAAGUGACGGUGACAACAGUGAUGGGGAAGCUAUGUUGCAGCCCAUAACUGAUGUUGAUUUGCCUUCUACGAAAGAGGAAUGGCUAGCACCUGAGGACUCCUUAAGGGUGACUACACAUAGACUUGCGAUGCUUGGAAGAACAAGGAGUAGAAGAAAGACUGUUUAUGGAAUUCUGAACAAUGUUGGACUAGUAUUGUUUUCAACAUUCCUACUUUUACUUGUGGAUCAGUGUGCGUGGCGUAUUGUGAGAUUGCCUCUCUCGCCAUUCCACUUGAUGCGGCCUUUUCUUAUCUCUGUGGUUUUGGCAGCAUCUUUUGGCUAUAUCUGUGUUCCAUUAUUUCAUAUGCUGAAGCUUCACUCCAUAGUUAGGAAAGCAGUGCCUCGUCAACACUAUAAUAAGAAAAAGAUCCUUACGUUGGGAGGAUUGUAUUUUGUACCGAUUGGUCUACUUGUUGCUGAAGUUGUACUGAAAUUUUCUUCCAUUGAAGUUACUGGAGCAGCAGCCGCAACUAUUGCCUUUGCUGCAGUUGGGCUAAUGGAUGACUUCUUGAACAUCAACAAUACUGAUGGCCUACCUGGUUGGAUGAGGCUUUUGUUGGAGACUGCUGUUGGAACAUGGUUCUCAUACUGGUCCUACACAACAGACAUAUCAACGCCCUACAGCAUGAAAAUGGUGGUCCCUUUGCCUGCACCUUUGGGCCUUGUUUGUCUCCAGAAAUCUUACCCAGCCUUAACUGCAUUCUGCUUUGUUUCCAUGGCAAAUGGAAUUAAUUUAACUGACGGGCUUGAUGGAAUGGCUGCGGGGACUGCUGCUUUAGCAUUUAUUGGAAUGUCGAUUGUGGUUCUUCCAAUAUGUUCUGACCUUUCCAUAUUUGGAGCAUCAAUGGCUGGAGCAUGUAUUGGCUUUCUAUUUCAAAACCGAUACAAAGCAUCUAUAUUCAUGGGUGAAACUGGAGCUUUAGCUUUAGGAGGUGCUCUUGCUGCAAUGGCUUCCUGCACCGGCAUGUUUCUCCCAUUGCUCGUGUCAUCGGGUGUAUUUGUCUUGGAAGCACUUUCAGUUAUAAUGCAGAUCCUUUCGUUCAAGGCAUCAAAAUAUCUGUGGCGAAGAGGAUUCAGGUUGUUCCGGAUGGUGCCGUUGCAUCACCACCUUCAGUUAUGUGGAAUGAGAGAACCGGUAAUCGUCGCCUCCGCUUACAUUGUCACCUGUGCUUUGACCUUGUGUGCAGCAUACCUCGGACUCACUUCAGCAUGACUUGUUUUUAAGUGUGAUCUUCUAGUACACAUGAAAAUUACUCUAUUGUGUCAUCAAAGAUGCCAGUUUUGUUUCCUUUGUCUUUAUAGGAAAGCAUCAAGUUUUGCUAUUUUGUUGUGAUGUUCUUUAUUGGCUUGUUCUGUACCGGAUGGUGCUGUGCCGAAUUUUAUGCUAGUAUAGACAGCAACAUAUACAUAUUAAUUUAUAUUUAUUCA